GCCCCAGCAGAAAGUCAUGAAUGCACCACUCACUAGGACUGCCAUAGCAAAUCACUGCAAAUUUAGAGCAACUGAAGUUUAUUCUUUCACGGUUCUGGAGGCCAGAAGUCUAAGAUCAGGCUUCCACAGGGCCUUGACUCUAAGGAAGAAUUAACUCUUCUUCAUUUUAGCUUCUGGUGAAUCUUGUUGUUUCUUGUCUUUGCCUUCAUCAGUCUGGUCUCUGUAUGUGUCCUCAUGUGACUUUGUCUGCUCUGCUUUUCCUCUGUGACUGCAUGUCUCAAAUCUCAUUCUCUUUUACAAAGACUUUAGUCAUUGAAUUUGGGCCCUCUCCUAAAUUCAGGAUGGUUCAUUUUAGAGGUUCUUGUCUUUAAAGAUUCCAUUUCCAAGUAAUAUCCCAUUCAUAGGUACCAGGGAUUAGGACAUGAAUAUAAUAGAAAAAUAUUAGGACCUGAACAUUUGUGUGUGUGUGUGUACAUUUUUUUGGUGGGGGAGGGAUAUUUUCAAUCCACUUCUCUGAGCAAAGAUCCCAAGUCAAGAAAGAUUGCCUUUGGUCACAUGGAAUACUAACUCUUGUCUUCUAGGGGGCCCCAAUUCUUGUUAGGAGUAGGGCUCCUUGAGUAAGCUCAUAAGUUCAAAAGCAAGCAAACCUUAGGGCUCUAUACUCAGAGGACUCAACAUUUGUGUCAUUGCUCUGGUCACUGUUUUGGAAUCUUUGAUAAUUUUAUCUCUAAACUUUUCAAGUGAAUUCUGAUGGCCCAGCGGAGCUUGUGCAUGACCAAAGGAGACAUACACUAUAUGUAUGUGUCCACUGAUUGCUACGAUCCUGUUGGCAUAUGGAUUUUCCAGUGCCUCCUGAGGAUGAAAUUCCUGUGGGUCUAUGAAGCAUGGGAAUACUUUCAGAGCAAGUGCCAGGUAGGCAUGUUCUAGGUAUGAUCAAGUAUGCAAAGGAGCAAAGGGCCCUGAGAAAGCCAUUUUCCUUCAAGCCAGAGCUUGCUGUGAGUGCAGAAAGAAGACAGUGAUGUCCUGUGGAGACAUGAAGGAUAAACAGGACUUUCCUACUCGUCAGUUCCCUGGUUUGGGGAGCUACUUAUGUUGGAAGUGAAGAGAAAGUAAAGAUGGAUGUUGCAUAGUUCCUUUUCCUUUUACUCCUCCUUGCUUAUCAGUAAGGUGUAGGCAGCAAGCAUGUGUAUCAGGAAAGGAAAGAAAGCACUUGCAAUAGUUUGAUGUCGUAUUUGCUCUGUUCUGGUAAGAAUGAAAUACAUAUGCAUGUGGGAGCUAUGGAAUACUAAGUGCAUGAUUUCUGUGAGUCUGCAUACUAGUUAAAGACUCCCAUAUUUGCCUUUGAAACUGGCACCGCAAAUACAAAGAUAAAUGGUAAAAUUCAUGUUAAUAAUUUAAAAUGUUAAUUUCUCUUUACUUGGAAUGACAUUAAAUAGCAAAUAAAAAGUAUCAUGACAAGUUGAGAGGAAGACUGUGGAAGAAAGGAAAAAGUUGUGCAUUUUAAUGCCUUGAACAGCAUGUUUCUAGUUUCUGAACAAUGUGCCCCUCAUUUCCAUUCAUAAUUGCUAGAUCCUUGACAUAUUAUGGAUGGCCCUGCAAAGAUGGCUACUGUGCAGAACCCUACAAGUUCUCCAAGUUGACUCUGCUUCCCAGUCCUGGCAAAUUCAUUUAUCCACUUCUGAAAUCUUUACCAAGACUUCCUAUGCAGUGGGUGCCAGCUAAUGUGCUGAUUACAAAGGUGUUGUUAACAUCUGCAGAAGAUUUGGACUGUGCUCCUGGAUUUCAGCAGAAGCUCUUCCAUAUUAAUCAACCAGUCGAGUUCAUCAAGGACCAGUCGGUUCUCAACUUGACCUUCAGUGACUGCAAGGGAAAUGAGAAGCUCCACUAUGAGGUCUCCAGCCCGUACUUCAAGGUGAACAGCGAUGGUGGCUUAGUGGCCCUGAGGAACAUAACUGCAGUGGGCAGGACUCUCUUCGUCCACGCACGGACUCCCCAUGCUGAAGACAUGGCAGAACUUGUGAUCGUUGGGGGGAAGGACAUCCAGGCCUCCUUGCAGGACAUAUUUAAAUAUGCAAGAACUUCUCCUGUCCCAAGACAAAAGAGAUCGAUUGUAGUGUCUCCCAUCCUGAUUCCUGAGAAUCAGAGGCAGCCAUUCCCGAGAGACGUCGGCAAGGUGGUCGACAGUGACAGACCCGAAGGGUCCAAGUUCCGGCUCACUGGAAAGGGAGUGGAUCAGGAGCCUAAAGGGAUUUUCAGAAUCAAUGAGAACACGGGCAGCGUCUCCGUGACACGGACCUUGGACAGAGAAGCCAUCGCUACUUACCAACUCUCUGUGGAGACCACUGACAUCAAUGGGAAAACUCUGGAGGGGCCGGUGCCGUUGGAAGUUAUUGUGAUUGAUCAGAAUGACAACAGACCCAUCUUCCGAGAAGGCCCCUACGUCGGCCACGUGAUGGAAGGGUCACCCACAGGGACCACAGUGAUGCGAAUGACAGCCUUUGACGCGGACGACCCUGCCACCGACAAUGCCCUACUGCGAUACCACAUCCGCCAGCAGACGCCUGACAAGCCAUCCCCCAACAUGUUCUACAUCGACCCGGAGAAGGGAGACAUCGUCACCGUGGUGUCGCCUGCACUGCUGGACCGAGAGACUCUGGAAAACCCCAAGUACGAGUUGAUCAUCGAGGCUCAGGACAUGGCUGGACUGGACGUCGGCCUAACGGGGACCGCCACAGCCACGAUCAUGAUCGAUGACAAAAAUGACCAUUCGCCAAAGUUCACCAAGAAAGAGUUUCAAGCCACGGUGGAAGAAGGAGCUGUGGGGGUCAUUGUCAACCUGACCGUUGAAGACAAGGAUGACCCGGCCACGGGCGCGUGGAGAGCCGCCUACACCAUCAUCAACGGAAACCCGGGCCAGAGCUUCGAGGUCCACACCAACCCCCAGACCAACGAGGGGAUGCUUUCCGUUGUCAAGCCCCUGGACUACGAGAUCUCCGCCUUCCACACCCUGUUAAUCAAGGUGGAAAACGAGGACCCACUUGUGCCCGACGUGUCCUACGGCCCCAGUUCCACGGCCACUGUCCACAUCACUGUGCUGGAUGUCAACGAGGGCCCAGUCUUCUUCCCAGACCCCAUGACGGUGACCAGGCGGGAGGACAUUUCCGUGGGCAGCGUGCUGCUGACGGUCAAUGCCACGGACCCCGACUCCCUGCAGCACCAAACCAUCAGGUAUUCUGUUUACAAGGACCCUGCAGGCUGGCUGAACAUCAACCCCAGCAACGGCACCGUUGACACCACAGCUGUGCUGGACCGUGAAUCUCCAUUCGUCCACAACAGCGUGUACACUGCCCUCUUCCUAGCUAUCGACAGUGGCAACCCGCCUGCCACCGGCACCGGCACCUUGCUGGUGACCCUGGAGGAUGUGAACGACAACGCUCCCGUCCUCCACCCCACGGUGGCUGAAGUCUGCGAUGACGCCAAAAAUCUCAGCGUCGUCAUCCUGGGAGCAUCCGACAAGGACCUUCACCCGAACACCGACCCGUUCAAGUUUGAAAUUCACAAGCAGACCGUUCCCGACAAGGUCUGGAAGAUCUCCAAGAUCAACAACACGCACGCCCUGGUGAGCCUGCUGCAAAACCUGAACAAAGCCAACUACAACCUGCCCAUCAUGGUGACAGACUCGGGGACACCUCCCAUGACAAACAUCACAGAUCUCAGGGUACAAGUGUGUUCCUGCAAGAAUUCCAAAGUGGACUGCAACUCCACGGGGUCCCUGCGCGCCAGCCUGGCCUUGGCCUUGGCCUUGCUCGUCUCGCUCUUCAGCAUAGCCUGUCUGUGAGAGCUGCUGGUGUCCCCCAGAGCGUGACUUCCAGGUUUCCAUAGCAACAGGAGAACAGAAGCAAACCAUCUGUCCAAAUCCGAAGACUGCAGUUGCCCACUGUGGACCUCCACGCCCAGGCCCCGGCCGUCCCCAGGUUCUGUUUAUUUGCGAUUUCACUUAGUCUGUACUUCACCACUCUGGCGGGAUCUUCCUUUCUCUCUUAAUUCGUGGAAUCCUCUGACUUCGCCCUGAGAUGUUCAAAGUCAGGACGGGGAACCUGACCUUGCGGCAGCAGGAGCGCUGAGGACUUCCUCUGAUGUGUUGACACGUUGCUGGCCAGUGCUCCCACACGGCUUUGUCUGUGGGUUACUAUUUGUAUAUGUCUGAGAAUCUGUAUGUGUAUAUACACGGUAUUUAUAGAGGGUGGGACUGCAAGAAGCCUAGUUUUGAUAAUGCCACUCUUCCGUGAUUAGUUACAGAAAGAGAGGGGAGGUGCCAAGACAACUGAGUCCUCACCCCCACCAGCCCCCAGCCCCAUCAGGGCCUCCUCAAGCAGAGGAGGGAGUUUCACCCUCCGAUGGCCAGCACAGGGUAGAGACAGCGUCUCAAGGGCAUCGGUCUGAUCCGGGGGCAUCCCAAGGGGCAGCACGGCUUGCAGGAGACGCCCUGUGGCGCCACUGGGCCUGCAGCCAGCCGCAGCCCCAUCGUGAGGUCACACAGUAGGCCAGCAGGUACCAUGUUGUAUACACGUAUAUACCCACAUGUAUAGACAGACCGGUGACGCACUUCACACCCUUUCUCUCCUCUACACAUGCAUACAAUAGAGUAAAUGCAGGGAGUUGUAAAAGUACCCUUUGUGUGACUCGACUACCGUUGUUUGCAAACCUGAAAAUAAAAGCUGUUUCUUCUGUAUGAGAAGCAACUGGUUUUCAUUCUGUGAGUGUGACACAGGUAAGAGAAAAGUCGGUGCCCACCCCAAGGUUAGCUUCCUGUUGAGCAAACUACAAAUGCACCAUCAAGCCUCACACCAGGCUUUUCUCCCAAAUGCAGCCCACAACAGGCUGUGGCUUCUGUGACAGCUAGCCACAAACAAAGGUUAGGUCAGGGUCCUAGCAGAUUUUCACACAUGCACACAUGUACACACACACCCAUGCACCCACAGGCUUUUUUAUGCAGUCUAUGUUUGCACCUGUACUUUUCGGCCCGCCUUCUAUAGCAAGCAGGAAGCAUCUGUUGUCUGUGUUGGAGUGAAUUAUGCACCUAUUGUAUUUGUUUCUAUAGUAAACCUUUUUGGAA